CUCCUCCUCCUCCUCCUCCAAUCUCACAGGGAGAUCACUGAGCUCACUCGAGGACGCGCCUCCUAAAGCACACUUUAGAGAGAGAGAGAGAGAGAGAGAGAGGGAGGGAUGAAGAAAGGGAGAGAUGCAGGUAUUAAGUGGAGGUAGGGAGGGAGGCGCACAGACUGCUGUCCGCCGGGACACGGAGAGGACUGGGGGGGGCGUGUAGCGCCACCGAUGGCUUUAUCUCUCUCUCCACGGUUAUUCCAAGCGGAGACGCAGGUGUAGCUUCUCCCCCCUCACCACCAACUAUCCCGGUUUUCCCUUUAGAGGCAGCAGGAGUGGUGGGUUUUUUUACGCGCCGGAGCGCCAUGGUAAAUGGUAAAAAACCAUGGUAAAUGAAUCGCAGUGCGUCGCUUCCGUGCGCCGCGUGCCACCGCGGCCGUGCGUGUGAUCCCCGGUCCGCAGCGCGCACAGAUGACUCCAGCCACACCGAGCCCGCGCCCCUGAACACAAGACCUACCGAUAACCAUGGCUGACCAGUACAGUAUGUUUCUCACCACGGCGCCGCCCCUCCGGCGGGGGAGCACCCCCCUGCCCGUCAAGCACCAGCUGCGGAGGGAGGAGGCCGUGUCCGAGGACGGUGACUGGAUCCCCGGCCUGGACGACCCUACCGCGUUGCCUAUCAGUGACACAGGAGUGCCUCGGGAGGAUUCUUUCGGCCAAUCGGCCGCCGCCCAGCCGGCGUACCACAGCCACGGGGGGGCACUCAGGAUAGUGCUGCUGGGACAGAAUGGCGUGGGCAAGUCGUCGCUCGCCUUAUCCCUGGCUGGACAGUCGGACAGAUCGCUGUCUAUAGACUCUGAGACACAGGCUUGUGGUGAGGGCUACGAGUGCACGGUGACGGUGGACGAUGAGGACAGCAAAGUAGUCGUUUACGACAACUGGAAACAGGACUUUUCCACCCUGCAGUGCGAUGUGUGCAUUCUGGUCUUCUCGGUGACCGACAGGCGAAGCUUUCACCGCACCGCCCAGCUCCGCCUCCUUCUCAGGGAGUCCCAGCCGCACACUCCAAUCAUCCUGGUGGGCAACAAGAGCGACCUUGUCCGUUCCCGGGAAAUCAGUGCAGAGGAGGCCCAGUCCAGCGCUAACAUGUUCGACUGCCUGUACCUGGAGCUCUCGGCCUCUCUGGACCACGGCACCAACGAGCUGCUGGAGGCGGCCGUGCGCACGGCCAGGGGGGACUGCGUGGGCCCGGGGUGGACGGACGGCGACCCCGGGGCGGGCCGGCGGGAGAGCCUGACCAGCCGGGCCAAGCGCUUCCUGGCGGGGCUGGUGCCGCGCUCGUACGGGCGCGAGCGCGACCGGGACCGCGGCCGCUACAGGGAGAUGAGCCGCCACCGGGGCAGCAAGAUCCUCCGGCAGAAGUCCCGCUCCUGCCACGACCUCAGCGCACUGUGA